AAUUGUUCAGGUUACGUACAUUUAUUUAUUUUUUUCAUCAAUUUAAUAAGUUUAAUUUCAUUGUUCUUGAUGUAUAUAUUUAUUUUUAAUGGCAAUUAUUAUUUAUUUACAGCAUUUUUAUUAAUAAAUUGUACAUUUAUACAUUGAUUUCAGAACACUAAGACGUAAACGAUUCCGCGAGGAGGAACAUGUCGGUUACAAGCAUCAUACGAUCAAGAUGACGUCGGAUAAGCAAAUGAGAUCGGCCUCCUGGCUAUUGCGAUCAUGUAAAAGAAGCCGGUUCAAAAUAGAAUUAUUAUACUUUAUAUUCGGUUAUUUGUUGACGUACUGCUCCGCCAGAAAUAAUCCUCCCAGAUUUCUCAUAGAUGGACAAACGGAAAUUGUCCUCAGACUGAAGGAGGGGCCUGAGACACCAAUUGGUAGUCUAAUUUACAAGCUUAGAGGCAUCGACCCAGAUGAUGACAUAUUGACUUUUGGCAUUCGUGAUCAGCCUGGUAGUGACGUGAUUCGAGUGGAAAACUUUGGUCUCAAUGAAGCAAAUAUUUAUUUAAAUAAGUUGCUGGACAGAGAGACGAGAGACGAAUAUGCACUCGUGUUAACAUUGACCGAUGGAAGAUUGGGGGAGGGAAAUUUCAUCACGCAAAGUCUGCUGCUUCUGGUCGAGGACAUUAAUGACAACGUUCCGAUUUUCCGUCCGCAUCCUACCUCGUUAACACUUCGGGAGGAUUCCCGCCCGGGUAUUUUAACAGCGGUGGAGGCCACGGACGCCGAUUUGGGUGCGCAUGGUCAAGUGGUGUACUACCUCCAGGAAUUGGAUGGCGAUAACAACGUUUUCAGCAUAUCGACCGUCAAUGGCAAGGGCGUCAUACGCUUAGUGGGCUCCUUGGAUUACGAGCGGAAGUAUCUCUAUCAACUGCGGAUCCUGGCUGUGGAUCGUGCAAUAAAUGAAAAGGUAAAUACGGGGACGACCGCGAUUUUAAUCAAAGUACAGGAUGUGGAGGACCAACCGCCGGAAUUCAUAUCCAUGACGCCUGUCGCGAGGAUCAGCGAAAAUGUUAGGAUUGGUACACCUGUUUUACAAGUUCGUGCUGUGGAUGGUGAUAAGGGGAUAAACAACAAAGUGACUUAUAGCAUCACGAAGGGACCGAGAUAUUUGUUCGAUAUUGAUGCGACUUCCGGUCUCGUAUUCACGAGAGCGCAAUUGGACAGGGAGGCCGAGGAGAAUAGCGAAGGCACUUUUAUUCUCGAAAUUACGGUGAAGGAGCUAUCAAAGAUUAAUCCGCCGCCAUCUGUCAGUACCGAGGUGACCAUUAUUCUUACCGACGUAAAUGACGAAACGCCGACAUUUCGAAGCAUGCUGUACCAUGCCGAAAUAAAUGAGAACGCGCCGGAAAAUACACCAGUCAAUUUCAUUGGCGACGCUGUACCAGAAGUUUUUGAUCAUGACUUGGGUACCAAUGGCACAUUUCGAAUAUUAAUCGAAGGCGACGGUGGGAUAUUCGAUGUAACACCGUUUCGCGGGAUUAAUGAGGCGCCAUUCUUAAUACGCGUUAAGGAUUCCAGUAAACUCGAUUUUGAGAAAAGAUCUGUGGUGAACUUCACUCUCGUCGCGAAAGAAAUCACGCCGGUUUCGCCGAAGUAUAGCGCGGUACCGGUCACGGUCUUUAUAAAGGAUCAGAAUGACAAUUAUCCCGAGUUUACGAAAGGUAUCUACGAGGUGUCGAUACCAGAGAAUUGUGCCGAGGGGACGACCGUGGCCCGGGUGCAGGCCUUAGACGGAGACAGCGGUAACUUUGGAACGCACGGAAUACGAUAUACAACUUUAGGCGGUAGCAUUGCACAUGCAUUGGCGAUGGAUCCUGUUACCGGCGUGAUAAUAGUCAAACAUUCCGGGCCGAGCUUCGAUCGGGAAUUAGUUGCUCGGCAUUAUCUCACCGUCGAGGCGCGAGACAAUCUUGGAAAAGGAAAUCGGAACUCCGCCCAAUUAAUAAUUAACAUUGACGACGUUAACGACAACGCGCCUAUAUUUUUGCAAAAUAAAUACGAGGCGGUGCUGUUGGAGAACGAAGACCACUUCGAAUCGCCUCUGAUCGUCGAGGCGUCCGACAACGAUUUAAACGGGACGCGAAACAGCGAGAUUGUCUACACCCUGGUGUCAAGCGAGUUCUCCCGAAAUUUUACCAUCGAUCCGAAACGUGGCGUUGUUACACCCAGUCGUCCCCUGGAUUACGAGGCUUUGCCUAUCAAUCAGGGACACAAGGAAACGAUCAUACGUCAAUUGAGAUUGACAGUGAGAGCCAGGGAUAUGGGCACACCGAGUCUGACUGCUGAUGUCCCUCUGAUUAUUUACUUGAGGGACGUUAAUGAUAAUGCACCAGUUUUCGAAAGGGCUUCGUAUAAGAGAAGUAUUCCUGAGGAUUUGCCAGGUGGCACGAGCGUUGUACAAGUAAAAGCUUGGGACAAGGACUUGUCGUCGCCGAACAACAAGUUAGUUUAUCGCAUUCAGAGCGGGGCCGGCGACAAGUUCGUAAUUAGCCCCGAGACAGGCGUGAUCCGGGUGGCGCCGGGCUCGAACUUGGAUCCGGAUCUUACAUCGCCGAAAACCACAAGAUAUAAUUUAAACGUUAUCGCUAUCGACAGCGGUACGGAAAUUCAACGGACGGCCGAGGUUCUUGUGAACAUUACGAUCCUCGAUGUCAAUAAUAAGCCGCCCGUUUUCAUCGAUCCCGGGACUGUAACUAUUAAGGAAAACACUCAGGUCGGCGCCUAUGUUCAUCGUUUAGUGGCGCAGGAUCCGGAUGUAGCCCCGACCCUACGUUAUCGCGUAGAUCCCAACUCCUCGGAAGCGCGAAAUGAGGAGGGUACUUUGAUCAAAGUGCAAGAGUAUGACUAUCUAGCAGCGCUGGAACUAAAUGCACUGGAUGGCUUACUACGCAUAGUGAGGCUGUUAGACAGGGAGAGAGUAGAAACCAUCAGGCUGGGGCUUGUAGUUGAAGACUUGGCUGCAGUAAGAGGCUUGCAAACUGCAUCCGCCACGCUGAGCAUAAUUAUCGAGGAUGAGAACGACAAUAAUCCUAAAUUCCGGAGACCGUUUUACAGACGUUCUGUUACCGAAAACAGCAAGAAUGGCGUCAAUAUCGCGAAUAUUGUUGCCGACGAUGCGGAUAAGAAUCGCAGCAUCACGUAUUCCUUACAAGGCCCUAAAGAGAUCACCGAUCUCGUGCAUUUGGAUCCUGAGACCGGGGAAAUGGUGGUCGCUAAUAAAAUCGACAGAGAAAUGUAUUCGUGGCUAAAUUUAACUGUCAAAGCCACGGAUUCUGGAAUUCCACCUCGUUCAAGCUUGUCGGAAGUAUACGUUCAAGUUUUGGAUGAAAACGACAAUAAUCCGUAUUUCGUUUCGAAUAUCAAUAAUGUGACUGUUACGGAGAAUUCAAAAAUUGGCACGGAAAUCGCUGUUAUACAGGCGGCGGAUUCUGAUAGCGGAGAUUAUGGAAAAAUUACUUAUCUUUUAGAUAGAAUGUCAUCUCAGGGGGUUUUCGCCAUUAACUCAGAGACGGGAUCAUUGACAGUGGCUGACGUUUUAGAUUGGGAGAUCAGACACAGCUACGUUUUAGUCAUAGAAGCGUGGGAUAAUUAUCAAUUUGGUUAUACGGCGGGGGAGUCUCGAAAUGCGUUUAAGCAAAUUCUAGUAACAGUCAUAGACGUAAAUGAUAACGCUCCGAAAAUGGAUGUACCUCAAGAUUGCAUCUCGAUAUCUGAAUUUCAUGACGUACGGGACUUGAUUUACGUCAUAAAAGUAAAAGACGCUGAUGAUCCGACAACGCCGAAUGGACGCGUUGUAAUUAGGAUCACUUCCGGCAAUGAGUUAGGUUUAUUCAUACUGGAACAAACUGAUUAUUGGACGGCAAAGAUAAAAGCCGCGCGGCCGUUGAGAGGAAAAUUCGGGAAUUACACGUUAAGCGUCGAAGCACGCGAUCUGGGAACGCCGUCCAGUAAGGAUAAUGGAAUUUUGAAAAUUUGCGUCACGGAUUACAACGAUAAUCCCCCUGUGUUCGUGAGCCCCCAGCACAACACCACCAUCCGCGUACCAGAGAACGUAACAAUGGGAAGUCCGAUUAUUCGAAUCGAGGCGAGAGACGCCGAUACGGGAUUAAACGGCGAUGUGCAUUAUCGUUUGAAGCAGGAUCUCGCGGGCCACUGGAAGACCUUCCGUAUCGACGAGAAAACCGGCGUGAUAUCCUUGAAUUUACCUCUCGAUAGGGAGACUCAAAAAUUAUACGAGAUACGCGUCGAGGCAUACGAUUUGGGUACCCCGACGCCAUUGAGUUCGGAUCUCGAUUUAAUUAUUUACGUGCGAAACAUCAACGAUUUCGAGCCGCAAUUUUCAAUCGGCGUUUUUAACGUUAACUUCACGGAGGAACAACCGCCAGGCUCGGAGAUGGUGUUGCUCCCUGAAACGUUCGACAAUGACGACGUUGACGAUUUGGAUGAUCCCCCCACUCAAGUCUGUUACUUCAUAGUUGGCGGAAAUGACGAUGGAUUGUUCGUUUUGGAUAUUUAUAAACACGAGCUUGGUACUGCUAAAUUACUGGACAGAGAACAGCAGGAAGAACAUAUAUUACUUAUUAAAGCAACAGAAGAUUGCAAGACCGUGCCAGAAAAUCAAAUGAUGUUCGACGAAACCGAUGCUACCUUAUUACAAGUUAUCGUAAGGGUCGAUGACAUUAAUGACAACGCACCACAAUUUAUUAAAGACGUUUUCACGGGUGGCGUCACUACUGAAGCCGACUUUGGCACACAAUUUAUGCAAUUGAGGGCAAUUGAUGCGGACACUGGUGACAACGCUGUACUCAGUUAUUAUCAAAUAGGCAAAAUUCACAUGACAUUAACUGAAGGUUUCGAAGAUAUGCAACUGCAGCCAUUUUUAGUAAAUAAGGAUGAUGGAACAGUGAGCUUAAAUUUUGAUCCUCAACGAGGGAUGAAGGGCUACUUUGAUUUUGUGGUACUCGUUAACGAUACAUUUGGCUUGCAAGAUACUGCAAGAGUUUUUAUUUAUUUAUUACGGGAGGAUCAACGAGUUCGUUUUGUUCUUCGUCAACAUCCACCAGAAGUCAGAAGUCGAAUCGAGACUUUCCGAGAAGUUCUGGGUAACGUCACUAGUGCUAUAAUUAACGUUGACGAAUACAAAGUGCACGAAAAUCACGACGGUUCCGUAGAUAGAACGAAAACAGAUUUAUAUUUACACCUCGUGAAUCGUCGGGACAAUUCAAUUCUGGAGGUAUCCGAGGUCCUCGAGUUGGUCGACAGGAACAUCGAGAAACUCGACAAUUUAUUCAAAGAGUUCAACGUUCUCGAUACACAGCCGGCGAAGCCUGAACCGAUUAUACAGUACGAACAAGCUGGAACAACUUUUUGGCUUCUCACGUUGACCCUAUUUCUAGGAGCUCUACUGAUUCUGUGCGUCGCUUUAUGUUUGUCGCAAAGGGCGUCUUUUCGGAGGCAACUGAAAGCGGCGAACGCAUCACCAUUCGGUACGUCGGACUCGGAAUUUAUUAGAAGUCCCGGUCGCGUUCCGAAUACGAACAAGCACAGCGUCGAAGGAUCGAAUCCUAUAUGGAUGCACGCUUACGAAAACGAGUGGUUUAAGAACGACGAGUCGUUCAGUCAUACGUCCGAGAGAGAUUCCCUCGACGAAAAUGCGCUUAACAACGAGGAGAUGAUGAACGAAGCUAAUACAAACCAAAGAGCUGAGGAUAAACCGUAUUACAUAGAGCCAAGAGUUUCAACUAUUUCCAGUGUGGAGAGUAUAGAUAUUCAAAAUAAUUUUAACGGAAAUACACCAAUUUAUUCGGGACAAAACACUGUCAAUCCCCUAGGAAAAAAGAUUGAAACGACGGAAUUAUAACACGUCAAUAGGUGGUUGAAGUCACGCGUGAUUCGCGCUAUUUAUAUGCCACUGAACUUCUUUAGAUAUGCACAAUAAAGUCCAGAAUUAUUUUGUAAAUAAUUAUGUUGAACCAAACAAUCAGGAAAUGAGUCAUCGACUGUUGCAACUUUAGAUAUAAGGUUUCCGUAAAUUAUUUAUUGUAACCAAUUUUUAGCGUAUAAGAAACAAUGUAUAUUUAAUUUAUAAUUAACAUGUAUUUUUAUGAAUGAAUUGAUGUGUGGUACGUAAGAGAUAUUUUAUUAUCACAAUGAGUGCUGAGCUUUUUGAACGAUUUAAUUUAUACCUUAAUAUUAGGAACAUUAACUAUUUGCACAACGACUUAUCGUACAACAAAUUUUUGUACACUUUGUAUUUUUUAUAGACAAAUACAUAAUUUUUUUUUUAGAAAUUCUGGGCCUUCACAUAUUUUCUUUCUUUUCUGCAUAAAUCAAACAAGGUAAAAUAAAAUGUUAAUAGACACAAUUAUUUGUUAAUUAUUUUUACAACAUUUGACACAAUAGUAGAAUAUCUAACAUACAUAUUGAACGAAGAAAUCCAGAAAACGAAAAAGUCCGAACAAUGAUAGAGGUUGUAUUAAACGCACAGAGCAGCAGGUCACGGGUUGAAAAGUUAGGUAGCCGAGGAAACGGUUACCUAUUCUCUUAUCGUCUUCCUGAACGUCAGGGUUGCGUGCAACCUCAUGCUAAUCCAAAGUAGCUAUAUAACCGACCGGUCAGUGGUUGACCUCACUCGAGUACAAGCCUCUUUAAGGCGUUAUGGCGUACUUUGCCCUUUCCAUAUACGCCCGCAAUUAUGGUGGCGUACGUUCCGCCAGUGGAAAGUUAUUGUCCGUCAAUAACACUAUGGAAAUGCAAAAACGUUUUAAUUGUAAAAAAUUUUGCAUACGUACAUAUCUAAAAUUAUGUUCUACAAAUCCCUUUUUUCCAUAAACGUUUAAAGCGUAUAAGAACAAUUAAAUUAAAGUGAUAAUAAUAAGACAUUUCAAUUUGAUGCAUGGAGAAAAUUUUAUAGUAAAAAUUACUAUGCACGAUAGUAGCUAUUGACCAUAAGAAAACAUUUCAGAAAAUUAUAUUAUAAUAACACUGAGAAAAAAAAUGUCGUUAACUUGGCAAAAUUUUUUAAACUAAUUAAAUUUUUUCAACUAAAUUAAUUUUCAGUUUAACU